UUGGGGGAGGAGGGUUUGGAGAGAUUUGUUGGGGAUGGCACAGGUGGGAACAGUGGAAUGUCUCACGUCGUGCAUCCAGAGUUUGCGUAUUCUUGGUCUUGCGUCGGCCGUACCAUGCUUAGAGGAUGAGGUAUCGGCGUUGGAUGUAAAGGACAAGGAGUCUGACUCGGACGCGAGCGGAUCUGUAGCGUUGGAUCACGAAGGGAUUGACCUAAGAGUACUACAAGUGUAUCGCUACUUGCGCCAUAUCGAGGCAUUCAAGACGAUAGAACAUAUUCAUGAUAAAUUAUAUGCUGUCCAAUCUGUCUCACCCGUAGUUGCGGCAGUCCGACGGUCAUGGAUAACGCUGCGAAACUUGGAUCCGCGCAGUAUCGCAGAGAUUGAUCUCGAACCUCACGCCAACAUCACGUCUCCUGUCCACCGCAGCAUUACCUGGGCUGGCGCAGGUGUUCGAGGAUGGUGGGAGGAGUCUGACGGAGGUUGCCGCCCACUGCACGAUACGAUGGAGGAUGUCAUUUACAUGCCUCGUUCCAACCAGACCUUGACCGCCCAAGAUGGGAAAACACUCCACGUUUUUUGCCUUGCUGACGGACAUGGUGGAAGGGCGGCGGCGGAAUGGUUUGUGCGUCGGAUACCAGGAAAGAUACUCUCAUGCUUCAACUCCCGGGCAACAUGGCAAUUGAACGAACCUCAAGAGCAGGGGGCCAUGAAGGAAGCCAUGAUAAAAGCCUUUCAGGAACUUGACCAUCAGUUUUGCGAGAUGCGGAAAAGCGAGUAUAUGGAGUACACAAAAAACCCAGGAGGGCACAAACCUCCUGACGACGGAUGCACGUUGAAUGUAGUGGUAUUGUACGCCAAGCAAUGGAUCCUGACCGCUCACGUCGGCGACUCACGCACAAUCAUUGGCCGAAGUGGUACCACCCGACGAAACCCAACUCCCAGCCACGACUCACCAACCCCACCCAGCUAUACCCGCUGGCACAUCACAGAAGACCACACUGUCUCCCACCCCACCAAAGCCCUCUUUAUCCAAAAAGCCGGUGGCCUCUUUCGAGAAUCCAAAUCCGACCCACCCAUCACGCAACCACUUCCCCAGAAUGCACGAACGGCGAUCCGAUGUCUAUCCAACGCCCGCGUGUUCCGUCCACAAGAGUUUAUCAAUCCAUAUGGAUUCCCAGUCAAACAUUUAGGCAUGGGUGACGCCAUGGGAGAUGUGAUCAUGAAGAUUGAACCAAGGCUCUUUCAAGGCGUGCCUGAUGUCCAUAUUUUGGAACUGGAACGAAAACGGGGGUAUUUGGUUGUUUUGGGGAGUGAUGGGUUGUGGGGGUGUUUGGAGAGUAGGGAUGCCGAUAUGGCUGCUGAACGUGUAUUGGAAGCUUUUGGUCGGGCUGGACGGUUGGAAAAGGUGUUGGAUGAUCGUGGGGAUCCCAGGGAUGUAGGUGGAGGCUUCACACCUGUUGGGUCUGUUGGGGCGGCGAGAUUGGUCAACUAUGUGGAUGCUCUUUGUGCACGACAGUGUGGGGGUUUAAAAGAGUUGUUUUGGACUGAGCGUCGACGGAUGUGGGAUGAUGUUUCUGUCGUUGUGAUUGAGAUUGAACCUAGCGACGUACAGCCACCCCUUAUGGAAUUGCCCUUGUCGUCGCCAAAACGGGCUAGCACUCGAGUCUUGGACGUGUUGACAUGUUUACCGAAUCACGAUCAAAGCGAGGGGGAUAUGCCCUCACUUCCUUCCGAGUCGCCGGUGCAGGUGCUCCCCACAUUGAAGCGAAAACUGGAUGACCACGACACCUCGUCGUCGUCAAAGUGAGAAGCCAUGUAUAUACAGAGUUGGUAAGCGAGGACCACUUUUUAUAAUAAUGUAUACAUAGAUAAUGAAUUAUGAUGAUGAAGAAAAGUUAUAGAAAACGUCUUUUGGUAUAUUUCAUCGAAAGUCCGUUACAGUUACAUCUGUAGUUUUUUGUUUUUUCCUCCAUUAACGGAAGGCACACUAUUUCAAGUCUAGUUGAAACCCAUUUGCCCAUUACUUGGCCUUUUUCUCCACGCGCGCAUCUCUCCCCAAAUCCCACAACAACCUCACAUGAUCACCAAUCGCUUCCCAAAAGUCCUUUCGAACCGUGUAGGGCACACCAAACUCUUUACAAGUGCUCUUGACAAUCGGGGCAAUUUCCGGGUAAUACCACUGACAAAUCUGCG